AUGGUUGCCCAAAAUAUGAUUGUGCUAAAAAAGGAAUUUUCACAACUACAAAGCGCUUACAAAGCACAACACAAUCAAAUAGCGUUGUUAAGGGCGGAACUUGAGGAACAUCGCGAUCAAUUGCGUAAUCAACAUAUUUUCUAUUCAAACCAAAUUCAAGGGGCGGCCGCGUCCAUUCAGGCUGUGCAAGAUCAACUUCUUCAUCAAUCUUCCUCUCGUUCCACAGUUCCACCUCCACUGCCCCCACCUGCUGGCACUGCCACCACUAUUAAUCCCCCACCUGCCCCUACGUCUUCUAAUUCCAAUUUAAAAUUUGCCAAGCCAAACAAGUUUACAGAAGAUUGGGUACGCCCAUACAAGGAAAGAAAGGUGUUUAGGGGAGAAGCGGUCCCAUUAUUGGAAGAUAUUGAUGUAUUCUGGGCAGAGUUCACUAAACAUUAUGUGGACACAAAUUGUGAUGAAAAGUACCGCCAAAAAUGGAACAACUUGCGGCAGAAGGCUUUGGUACAAGAAUACACCCGGGAAUUUCAACAAUACUCUGUUUCCCUGGGAUAUAGUGACGAAACCCUGCGCAAUAAGUACUAUGAUGGCCUCCAAAACAAUAUUAAGGACAUCAUGCUGUCAACUAUGUUCCAAUGGCGCCGCGCUACUGCCCAACAAGUCUAUGAUAAGGCAGAGGAGAUUGCAAACCAUAUCGAAUCUACACGCUUAUCUCAUCCUUCUGUCUCUACAGUCCGCGCCCCUGCCAAUGCCGCCCCCACUACCACUUCCAUUCCCCCUUCCAACCGCACUUGUCUCAAUGUGGGAGACAAUGUUUAUAUGAUUGACCCAACCACCCGCCGCGCCAAGAAAGGCGCUAUCACUUCAAUUGUUUGCACUACCUCUGGCAAUAUGCCAAAUGUUCGUUGGAAUGGAGAAUCCAAGGACACCAUGAUCCCAUUCCCCUCCCUAAAAAAGGAUGAGCGUCCUGCAGCGGCCGCCCCAGUUAAACCAAUUGUUGCCCCUGUUCCGGUGUUAGCCACAAGCAAGGGUCCAGGCCCCAUGGAUCUUGAUGGAAGGGGUUUUGCAAAUCUAACCUGCCAUGUGUGCGGCGGAAAGGGCCAUUUUGCACGCAACUGUCCCUCUAAGCCUAUGUCUGGACAUGUGGCUAAUGUCGAAUGGUCUUGGGAAAGGCCUAAAGAAGAAAAUAGGAUUGAAAUCGUCUCUGAUGAGGAAGAGUUGGGAAAAGGAAAAGCCAAGGCCAACUAA